GCUCUCUUUUGUAUGAUGCUGCCCAAUGAUAACAGGGGUAAUACCCGCUCCACCGGCCCUGCAGGACUGCGCAGGCUCCCCAAGGCUCGGGUCUGUGCCACUGCACCAGCUGCACACCCGGCAAUGGCCAGAGCAGCACCCUAGUAGGGAGUCAAGGUCCUGCGUGGAGCAAAACCCUGUCUUCAGAAGUCGGUUUCAUCCCUCCCAUCUUGACUACUUUAAGGACACACUGAAAGCUUUGACAUAAGUCACUGCUUUAAGUGGCAAGAUCCUUUUCCUAAAGUCAUUUGGGAAAUGUCCUAGCAGUAGAAGCCACUUCCAAGAAAUGGUCUGAAGUGCCAUAGUCAAGAAGGGACAGGGGCUCUGGGGAUUUUGAGGUCAGCACACAAAUGAGCCCUAUCGGAGCUGUGGUGGGGACUUCCCAAGAAGCUCCGCCUGGCUGAGUCACCCUGUUGUUUGACCUGCAGUCCUCCCAAGCUGCAGCACUUGGCUGCCGUACCCAAGAGUGGAAAGUUCUCUGCUCCUCUGAGAUCACAAGAAUUCUUUUGGAAUUUACUAUGCUAGCAUAGCAUCAGCUCCAUGCAGGAUUCCAUCAUGAGGAAUGGCUAUUACAACGUGGUGGCAACUGUGCUGUUGGUCAUGAAUUUUGAGAGAACGAGAUCAGUGCAAGAUCUUUGUGGCAUCUGUCCAGCUGGUACUUUCUGUGGAAAAAGCAAGAAUCAGACUUGCAUUCCCUGUCCUUCCAACAGCUAUUCCAGCACAGGCGGACAGAGAGCCUGCAACAUAUGCACGAAGUGUGAAGGUUACCACAGGGUCAAGAAGCCGUGCUCCUUCACCAGCGACACAGAGUGUGACUGCAUCUCAGGAUUCCACUGCUUGGGGGCAGGAUGUGCCAUGUGUGACCCAGAUUGUAAACCAGGCCAGGAACUGACAGCAGACGGUUGUAAAGACUGUAGUCCUGGGACAUUCAACGAUCAGGAAGGUGGUGUCUGUAGACCCUGGACAAACUGUUCACUGGAUGGAAAAUCAGUACGUGAGAAGGGGACGAAGGACAGCGAUGUGGUCUGUGGACCUGCUCUGCCCGACAUCUCUCCAGGGCGCUCUGCGCAGGUCCUCACCUUCUUCCUGGCGCUGACCUCGGCCGCCGUGGUGUUCCUGCUGAUCUUCCUCGUGCUCCGGCUCUCCAUGGUCAAGUGGAGCAGGAAGAAGUUCCUGUAUAUAUUCAAACAACAUUCUUGGAAGAAACUGAUUUUGACCAAUUCAUCAAAGGAGCCGACUACAAAAUAUGAUUCUUCCCUUGAACUGGUGUCUAUGGAGGUGUCUGCCCUGCCCCAGGAACUGUGUGAAGACACAAAGGCACAGGGACUUCCUGACAAGGGGCCAGGCAACAUCAACCUGAGCAGAGCCGCAUUGGGGAACAGAGUUUCUUCACUGGACACAACAUAACUGAGGACCUACUGUGUGCCAGGAAGAGGACUGCAAGCUGCCCUCCUGUGCUUAUGGGCUGGUCCAGGUGGUACCGCCGCUCAGCCCUGUGUACCUGGAGGGGCAGCUGUUCCGGGCUAGAGGGUGGGGAGGGAGUGCUUCCUGGGGAGGCUGAGGAAAGGACGUGCUGGGCAGGGGCUCCCAGAAGGAGCCAAGGGCCAAGCAAGAGGGAGAAGGCUGGGGCUGGGGCCGGAGAAGAGAAGAAGGAAGUGGCGGCUGGAGAGGGAGGGGAUCCAGAUUUUCUAAGUCAAGCUGAGCAACUUGGAUCUCACCCUGUGGACACGGGGGAGCCGGAGAAGGGGUGGCUCAGGCCGGCGUUUCAGAACGCUCCCUACCGCAGUGGAAGAAGUUAGAGGCAAGACCAGGUCUGCAGCGGGUGAGGAGGCUGCUCAGGAACCCAGGGCGGGGCGGCAGCCUGAGGACAGAGUGGGAGCUGGGCAAGCCUCAUCUGGGGGCUGGGGGCAACACCCUGGUUUCUGGUUCAGGCAUCUGGGAGGACAGAGGAACCCUUAGCAGAGCCACAGAGCCCUGGAGGGGGAGCACGGGGGUCAGGAGAAGCUGGCUAGCGGCAGCACUGGACUCGGGUUUCCCCAGCGGAGGGCAUGUGAGCCACAGCAGAGCCAGAGGGCACCUCAUGGCAGGCCGGGACGGCAGCGGCAUCCCAGUGCCCCUGGCAGGGUCUCUGGGCUCCAGCAGAUGAGUGUGGCCACAGGACAGCCAAAGGCUGGGAAGAGUCUGGAGCAGUGACCACAGAGUGUGCACUGGCUUCAGCCACAAAGCGGUGGCUUGGAAGGGGCCUGAGAAGUGCCAGCCUGGAGAGCUAGACUUCUGUGACCCAGAAGCCCACAAGGAGCCCCCUGGGAGGUGACAGGGUGGUGAGAGUGGGUGUCCUCAUACCUUUCAAAAGCUGUGAGUGAAAGAGAUGGGGAGGGAACGACAGGACCAUGUGGGGUCUCAGGCAGGGUCAUCAGAUGGGUGCAGUCACCAGUGAAAGCUGAGCUUCAGGUGAACAAGGAAUCGUUCCUCAGUGUAAGUGCGUCCUGUGCGACACUGAGGACAGGCUUCUACUACAAAGUGUCUAUCUGAGAUCCAGAUGUGACCGCACACCCUGCACUCUUAUUUGCUGAAUGUGGUCAACCCAGUGAAGGGAGUCCUCGGUUCUCUUAACGGGGAGGUUUGAAGAAGGCUGAACGCAGAUAUUAUGGGGGGUCCAGGCGCAAGGAGGGGGCAGCUGCCUGAGAGGACGGGAGCGCUCAGGGGAAGCGGGUG